UGCAACAGUCAAAUGACUUUCGCUAGUUCGUAACGCGUUUGGUAAUAAUAGUAAAACGAAGACAAGAAAGAAGACGCGGAUAAGUCUUCUCCGAAAGAAAACACACAAAAAUGGAGGCGCCUAACAUCAACAGAGAUGCUGUACUAAAAUCCUUGUUACUAAACGAGACAAACCCAGACGGCCAGCCUCGUAAAAGGCGAAGAUUAGAUAAUUUAACCGUCGAGGAAAGAGCGCUACGAAGAAAAUUAAAAAAUCGUGUUGCAGCUCAAACAGCAAGAGAUAGAAAAAAGGCAAGAAUGCAAGAUCUUGAAGAGGCCGUCGAGAGUCUGGAAAGAGAGAACAAACGUCUCCGAGAGGAAAACAAGAGAUUAAACAAAAGCACAGAAUCCCUAGCAAUCGAGAACUCUGAAUUAAGAGUUCGCUUGGGUCUUACUCCACCCGUCUCCCCUGUGUCAAGUCUAUCGUCCUCCACGCCACCAAGCCCUGCCUCGGAAAGGAGUGACUCUGCCCCAGAGGGCUGGGCCGUGAUCAAGACGGAAGCAGAAUCUAAAGAGUCAGCAGCACUCAUCGCUUCUCAGCAGCAGAAGAAUCUGAUUCUGUUUCUUUCAGUGAUCACGACCUGGCUUCAAAUGAACUGCAGCCUGAGUUGUUUGUUGGUGUGUUUAAAGAUGUUGAGUCCAGUGACGAUGAAUUCCUUCAACCAAAGCAGGAAAACAAGUCUGCCUGUUGCAGAGUUGUCAAGGGCCGACCAAUCGAAGUCAAGCCUUUCCGAGACCAAGAAGUUGAGUCGUUCUCUCCCGGACUCCAUGACUUGGUGGGGCAAGCACCAGAACACAUGGAAUCCCUUGAUGAGAUCCUGAACUGCAAGGAUAUCUCAAUAGAGCUUGAACAGCUUGACGUAGAACCUGACACAUUGGGAGACACAGGAAUGCAAGCAUGGGAGGAGUCCUUUACUGAUCUCUUCCCCUCACUUCUUGCUGUUUAAUCUCAGUGAAUUCGAAAUUCAAUCUUAAUCUCUCAGAGGAUUAUCGUAGCUUUGUAAGGCAACAUGCAAAUAAUACCUAAAUUAUAUUUUCAAGCUGUGUUUAGUCUUACUAGCUAGCUUACAUUUUGAGCCAUUUUGAUGGUUACAACCAAGUCAAUCAUUGACAAGUGCUGAUGAAGCACCCAGCCUCAAAAGGCAUGCUGCCAAAUUUGCCUGUUGAACAUUCAGCCUUUGAUAUGCAAGCUAGUCUAGGUCUUGUAAAAAACAUUAUUUUAAGAAAGUUCACUACUUGCAUUUUGAACUCUUACACAUCCAUUAUGGAGUUAGGCUGUUUGGACCAUGUUGCUUUGUCCCACAAAGUAACAAUGUCGGCAAAAAAAAAACACCCAUGACAGUGCCAUCAUGCACAGGUCAUGUGUAUGCAGAGGAUCAUUUCAUUCAAGCAAGCAUAUCAAUUCAUUCAAUGAAAAAAUGUAUUUCUAUAUAUAUAAGUAUAUAUCGACAAAAAAAUAAUUUUAAUCUUAUAAUAUAAAAUAAAUCAAACAAUUAAAAAAACACCUUCACAAUUGAAUUCACUGGGUAUUAAACAGCAAUAAGUUUUGAUUAAUAAGGUUCAUUGUUUGCAAUGUAUAUAUAUUGGCAAGCACCUUGAGUAUCAUAGGGUUGUAGUUCAUGUCGUGAUCAGUGAGGGACACCUGUAUGGGGUUGGUGAUUCUGUGUAGUAAUAAUGCAUGAUUAUUGUACUUGCAUACAAAUAAAUGUGUUCAGGUUCAAA